CGUUAAAUGUAAUAAUUUUAUUAACUUAAAUUAAUACAUAAAUAAUUUGUUUAAUAUAAGUGAAAAUGAAGUUCCUUAUUAUCUGUACCUUACUAGUGGUGUCUGUGUACGCGUCGCCCUUGGCAUACAAUACUAACCAACAAGGAUCCGGGGACAAUGACUACAUGUUCAAGUAUUUCGUAAAAGAGCAGCCAGUUGGAAAUAACUUUGGACACCGUGAGAUGAGAAUAGGCAACCAAGUGACUGGGAUGUACUACGUGUUGUUGCCUGAUGGGCGUGUUCAGAAAGUCGAUUAUGUUGCUGAUGAAAAUGGAUACAGGCCUACAGUUACAUAUUUGAAUCCUUGAUUUUUUUUACAUUUUAAAUGAAUUACUUAUUUUUAUACAUAUUGUUAAAUGAAUUAAAAUUUAGCGUAAAAUUUACACAUAUAUGAAUGUUCGUUAUAGAUUUCAAAACUUGUGAAUGAAGAAAGGUUAUGAUUGUUUUUGUAAUAAAUAUAGAAGAAAACAAAUAUUUUA